UGCUAAGAGCAUUCUCACGCAAUUGACCUGAGGCUUUUUAGUGCCCUUUGGACUGCAGAGGAACUGGGAACAUUUCACGUCAGCUUUAUCUUGGUACGUGCGCCAGGCUGCCAGAUAUAUAGUUUUUAUUUUUGCCAAUAUUCGGCAUUGUUCCUGUCAAUAUGGAGGAGUGGAGACAGUGCGGUCGCUGGUUGAUAGACUGUAAGGUUUUGCCCCCCAACCAUCGGGUCGUUUGGCCCUCAGCGGUGGUGUUCGACCUGGCCCAGGCGCUCAGAGAUGGGGUGCUCCUGUGCCAGAUGCUGCACAAUCUGUCUCCUGGAUCCGUGGACCUAAAGCAGAUCAACUUCAGGCCUCAGAUGUCACAGUUUCUGUGUCUGAAGAACAUCCGAACAUUCCUGAAAGUGUGCCAUGAUAAGUUUGGCCUGAGGAACAGUGAGCUGUUUGAUCCCUUCGAUCUCUUUGACGUGAGGGACUUUGGGAAGCACUUCAUUCCUGGGUGGAGCAGAUAGGAGACACCUGUCCCUCCUGA